AUGGAGUCAGGUCACGAGUUCGACUCGUUCUCCGAGUUACCUCCUCUCCCACAAGUGUACCAUCAUCCCACAAGCUACCCCUACUCUGACGUCGAGUCCUUACCUCCGUUUCCUUACUCCGACUUCGCCUUCUCCGACCAACUCGGUGCUGACUCGUCUCUCCCACUCCUCACUCACUCCUUACUCACCGAGUCAACUCGCUUCGACAACCUCUCCCCUCUUCCACUCCUCACUCGCGACUUCCUCACCGAGUCGACUCAGUUCGAGAACCUCUUCUCCCACGUGGCCACACCGUUUCACCACCUCCCAGAUCUCCACUCCUUCGAACACACAACCACCGCCGCGGAGGAGGUCACAAAUCCGCCUCCUCACACAAAACGACGUCGUCUCGAAACCCCCUUCACUAUCUCCCCAUGCUCAUCUUCAAAAUCCAAAUCUCCGCCACGUCCCUCGUCGUCGUCACACGCUGGCAUCAGCAGCGGGAGGAGGACGAGGAGAAGGAAUGUUUCAGACAUGAUAAGGUCGUUGGAGAAACUGAUGCCGUGGGAGAGGAAGAUGAGUUUGGGUACUGUACUCGAGGAGACGUACAAGUACAUCAUGUUUCUACAGUCUCAGAUCGCUUCGUUACGUUGGAUGCCUCUCGAGUCCAUCUACCCAGCUAGACCGGGAGUGGCUACUCUGCUCAAGUCUCUGACGAGGCAACAGAUUCUUCAGGUGAUUGCGAACUCUCCCGGUUCGAGAAACGUGCUUUGCACGCAAGGUGUUUGUGUUUUCUCGUAUGAGCAGUUACUCUCUGUCAAGAUGAUGGCUGAAUCCACAAGAAACCUCUGA